GAAAAUCGUAUCACUUAUGACGUGUACGAUCGAAAGAAAUGACUCGAAAUCAAUAGGCUAAUGAAAUUAUUGUAGCCAAGUCCACUCCUGGACAUUUAUUUCUUGCACUUAUCAAAAUAUAAUUGAAAUGGAAUCCACGAACGAAGUGCGGCAACCGACGUUAAAGGAACAAGGGUACUUUCCGCAGCGUUACUUCGUGGCGUUCAUGGCGUUUUGGGGCCAAACGUUCACUUAUAUGCUGCGUACGAACAUCAACAUCGCCAUCGUGGCCAUGGUGAAGCCAAUAAAUGAGACCGACAACUCGACCAUCGACUACAACGAAUGUGGCUUCGAUGACGCUAAUUCUACGACCAUCGCCGAAAAUACUGGGGACUUCGAAUGGGACGCGUUUGAACAAAGCAUGGUGCUGGGGGCGUUCUUCUGGGGCUACAUCUGGACCCAGAUACCAGGAGGCCGUCUGGCCGAGAUGAUCGGCGGCCGGCGCAUGUACGCGCUUGUGCUCACCGGAGGGUCGGUGCUCACGCUGCUCAUCCCUGUCACUGCUCACUGGAACUUCGUCGCUCUGCUCGUGCUCAGGGUUAUGUUAGGGCUAUGUCAGGGUCCGACGUUCCCCUCCACCCACGCCCUCCUCUCGAGCUGGGCGCCGCCCAACGAGCGAUCCAGGAUGGGCGCCCUCGUGUAUGCGGGAGGCCAGGCAGGCACCAUCAUCGGGUACCCGAUGACGGCGGCGAUGGCGCAGGCGUGGGGGUGGGAGUCUGUGUUCUACGUGCAGCCGAUGCUGGUGAUGGCGUGGGUGGCGCUGUGGCUUGUCUUCACCGGCGACUCCCCGGAAAGUUCAAGAUGGAUUUCCGAUGUCGAAAAAGAAUAUAUUUUGAAAUCUACAGGAGACAGCAAGGAGCGCAAGAAAACUCCCCCCGUGCCGUGGGGGAAGUUCGUGACGUCGCUGCCGCUGUGGGCGAUCCUCAUCGCGGGGCUGGGGAACAACUGGGGCUUCUACACGCUCCUCACCGAGCUUCCCCAGUACAUGACGCAGAUCCUCAAGCAGGAUAUCAGCUCGGUGGGGAGGGUGGGGAGGUUAUGAUGUCGGAACGUUGUUGUGUUCACCGCUAUUUACUCACCGUCCUCAGCACAUCUGAGGAACGUUGUUGUGUUCACCGCUAUUUACUCACCGUCCUCAGCACACAUGGGUCCCGCCCUUUGCCUCAUCUCGCUGUCGUUUGUGGAGUGCGACCGGGCGGCGACUCUAGCGCUACUGUUCGUGGCAGUGACGCUGCAGGGGGGCAUCUACACGGGCUUCAUGGUGAACCACAUCGACAUCGCGCCUAACUACGCCGGCACCUUGUUCGGCAUCACCAACGCCGCGGCCACCAUACCGGGCUGGCUGGCGCCCAUGACUGUUGGGGCCUUGACCAAUGGUCAGCAAACCAUCGCGCAAUGGCGCAAAGUGUUCUACAUCGCCGCGACUUUCUACAUCGUGGACGCCGUCUUCUUCGUUUUGUUCGCAUCGGGAGUGGAACAAUCCUGGAACCGCUACGCUGCUACCCUCAACGAUGCUGUCGAUUGGGACAAACCGCGAAAACUGAACUCGGCGGAGAAAAAUGAAAACUAUGGAGCGACAAGAAGUGAAAAAGAUGGAAGCGUCGUAAGAAGAAAUACGCCAGAGGGAGAGAUUGGAAAAGAUGAGAGAUACGAUGCGUAUGUUAUACAGGAUCGAUUCAGAGGAGGUUACGUCAAUAAGGCGUAUCAGCAUGAGAAAAAUUAACGUCUAAAUUUGGCAUGGAAACGGAAAUUGACGGUAAAAAUCUGCCAUUAGGAAGGUACACUCAAGAGAAAUCAGUGGGGCUUUGUCUGAAUAGCGGCGCCUUUUUUCUACUUUACUUUUUUCUACUUUCUAUUUUACUUUAGUUAGUUAGUACUUUAAUUUAGUAAGAGCGUACGAGUCCGCUGUUUUCUCGUGCUGUUGAAAAAAAGUGUGUCUCUAUUUGGGCAAUAUGAUCCACACAUUUCUUUGAGUGUAUGAAUCGACGGAGAUAACGACGUGAGAGUAACGCCUGAGAGUUACCUUGGCGAUGUCGACGAUAACUCGUUAGUAAUUAUUAUAAUUAAAAAUACUCACAGAAUAUUUUCGUGACUAUCUUCUGAUAAUUGAAUAUUAUGCAAUACUCUUGAUGAAUAAUGAUUAAAUGCCACGCGUUAUUAGAUCACGAUAAUUAGAUUCAAUUUUCGGCUUGGGGAAACGAACAGCAAAUUCAAGCAAAAAUUUAAUCAUUUAUUUAAUUAAUUUCUUCCAGCUUUUAUCACUCGGUUUGGCUAAGCCAGGACAAGCGUCGCACCUAUGGUAUUCUUAGGUUUACAAAUACAAUUAUUUAAAGCUUUAGCUUUAAAUAGACCAAUAAUAUAUA